AUGAGCACUGCCAGAGUCGCUCGAAAUGCAGUGCAAUCACCUCUAUUGCACGCUCUCACUUUCACUCGUACAGGACCUUCGUUUAGAUACGCAGCGUAUUCUCGGAAAAUUUGCCCGAGAUCCUCACCACACACAUCAGCGUUCUUAGGACUUCAAACAAUAGGUAGAUUGUCGAAUAGCUCCCGCAUGUCCACAAAUAAACCUGUCGAACAAGGCAAAACAUCGAAUAAUGGUCAUGAAACCAAUCCUACAAGACAAAAUACUGAAUCUCCAUUACUUAAUGAGAAAGAUAUCGAAAAGGUUUACAAUGACAGAACCACGAGUGAUUCGAAAUUAGAUAACAAAGAGGGUACGUCAACAACAGGGCUUGACGAAAAGGGAAUUGAUGAUGAAAAAGAAGUAAAAAAGAUUGAAUCCAAAUUGACGUUAAUGCAAAAAGUCAAAAAAGAGGCUCAACACUAUUGGGAUGGAACUAAACUAUUAGCCACAGAGGUUAAGAUAAGCACAAAGUUAGCUGUGAAAAUGGCUGCUGGAUAUGAACUUAGCCGAAGAGAGAAUAGGCAACUUCAAAGGACUGUACAGGAUAUUGUUAGGCUAGUUCCUUUCUCUGUCUUUAUACUUGUCCCAUUUGCUGAGCUGUUAUUACCCGUUGCGUUAAAACUAUUCCCCAACAUGCUUCCUAGUACAUAUGAGGGACAAAAGUCUAAAGACACUAAAGUAACGACUCUCCGAGCCACCAGAAAGGAAGUCAGUAACUUUCUUCGAGAUACCCUGAAGGAGUCAGGACUACCAUUAUCACCGGCGACUACUCAGCGAGAUGAAUUUACACAAUUCUUCAGAAAACUUCGUGCGACCGGUGAAUAUCCCUCUCCAACAGAAGUUAUUAAUGUCUGCAAGAUAUUCAAAGAUGAUCUUACGCUAGACAAUCUAUCCAGACCACAACUGGUCGGAAUGUGCAGGUACAUGAAUCUCAACACUUUUGGCACAGACAUGAUGCUUCGCUACCAAAUAAGGCACCGAAUGCGACAGAUAAAGCGAGAUGAUCGCGCAAUAAGUUUUGAAGGUGUCGAUAGCUUAUCUAUUCCUGAGCUACAGGUCGCUUGUAUGAGUCGAGGGCUACGAACCCAUGGUGCUUCUCCAGGACGUCUUCGAGAUGACUUACAAAGCUGGCUGGAUCUCCGGCUUCAGCAUGGUGUACCCUCAACUCUACUAGUAUUGAGUAAUGCUUUCGUAUAUGCACAAGGGAAGUCCGAUUCUGAGUUCCAUAGUCAAAUUGAUGCUCUCACCGGUGUAUUAUCUUCUAUACCAGAGGAAUUAUUUCAUGAGAUGGAAUUGGAGAUUCAUAGCGCCGAAGGAGCAGCCACGAAUAAGCAGCGCCUGGAAGUUCUGAAAGAGCAGCAAGAUCUGAUAGAAGAAGAGAAUGAGCAAGAUGAAGAAAAUAAAGAGACCGGGCGAGCUUCUCCUCGAGACGACGAAAAUAUCGAUGAGAAGGAAGAGAGACGGGUAAUAGCGGAGGCUGCAGACCAACUGAAAGCGCAAAAUGCUGUAGAAGGAAAAUUGACACCUGAAAAAGUAGAAAAAAUGUCGGAAAAUAAAUAA